AUGACCGUCUUUAAUAUCGACGAGGAGGACAACCUCAACCGUAUGCGCCGCGGCGAUCUGUACUACGCCUUCACGCCCGAUUUGGUAGCUGCCCGUAGGCGAUGCAGGCAAGCCGUCACUCGACUCAACGCAGCCGAUGACCCAACACGCCGCGAGAUGGCUGAAUUCUGGAGACAGAUCACAAACGACGACCGCCCUUUACCUCCGCCUGCAGCCACAGAAGAUGAGGAGGACAACGUGCUGCACGAGUAUCCCUGGAUUGAAGCCCCCAUCAGGAUCGAUUACGGCACGAAUAUCAAAGUUGGAAGCAAUGUUUUUAUCAACUUCAACUGCACAAUACUUGACACAUGCCAAGUAACCAUCGGUUCAAGGACGUUGAUUGGGCCAAAUGUUUCAUUCUUCUCCGGUACGCAUCCUUUGGAUCCUGAGCUGCGUAAUGGCACAAAUGGACCAGAACUGGGCGGUACAAUCACUGUAGGUGAAGAUUGCUGGAUUGCGGGCAACGCGACCAUUCUUCCGGGUAUCACGAUCGGUGCUGGUUCCACGGUUGGUGCGGGAAGUGUUGUCACAAAGGUUUGUUGCACUUGCACCUCGUUCCUUGUGUUACGGUAUCUGACAUUUCCCAAGGACGUGCCGCCUUACCAUGUGGUUGCUGGAAACCCUGCCAAAAUCAUUCGUAAGCUUGAAAGGAACCCCAACGGAAAGCAAGAAGUGUAG